AUGACGCCCUCUCCGCAUGGAUCAGUGACCUUGUCUGACCCGUCGACCUGGCAGUUUGAUAUCGGUCGGUAUAUCAACCCGUUCGUGCCAGCGCCGCGAUGGCAUCUCGUCCCAAAGCCUGUGGCUCGUAUGCUGGGUCAUCGGGAAGAAUCUCCCAAGCCUGUGGGUAAUAUUCCGAUCGCCUUCUGGUCGCUGGUCGGCGCAUUUUGCGGUGUUGCGUUGGUGGCAUCAGUUUCGAAACGAGUGCCCUCGUUUGAGGCCCGUGGUGCACCGGCCAUUAUUGGCAGUUUUGGUGCCGCUGCAGUCCUUGAAUUCUGCGCCAUCGAGUCGCCCUUCGCGCAGCCCCGCAAUGCGAUCGUAAGUCAGAUUCUUGCAUGUAUUAUUGGGGUUGGGAUCUCGAAGUUGUUCGCCUUGAAUCCCCAUGCCGGGGCGUAUACCGAACUGGGGGGUGCGCUUGCAUGUGGGAUUACCACAGCGGCUAUGGUCCUCACCAAUACUGUACACCCGCCGGCGGGUGCAACAGCCCUUUUGGCAGUAACAAAUCCUCAGACGGUUGGGUUGGGCUGGUUUUUGAUCCCGGUGAUGUUGUUGGGCGUCACGCUCAUGGUGGCCGCGGCUUUGGUGAUCAACAAUGUGCAGCGUCGGUAUCCGCUUUACUGGUGGACUUCGCAUCCAUUGGCUGUGCCUAGACAGGACCUGGAGGAGAUUCGACAUGAGAAACCACCGAGUUUCCUACGUAACUACGAGGAUAGUCUGACGGAUGUUCCUCGAAGGCUGGUGGUAGAGCGGGGGGAUAUUUCGGUGCCAGAUGGAGUGACGCUUUCUGCUGAAGAGACAGAAGUGUUGGAGAAGAUUAGUGAGAGACUUUAA